AUCUGCAACAAUUGAUCGCAAUGGACCUUAUAAAGAAGAUGUUGUCCAUACCACUUGAACGACCGCUGACCAAUACUCAACGCUUUACAUUUGUAUCCGCUACAAUGGCGUACAUUAUGGGAGGCCUGAGCAUGACCUUGGCCCCUGGUCUUUGGAAUAUGGCUGUACUUCUGGAUCUCACCGCUGGUGGCAGAGGAUAUUUCAUUCUUGUUGGAGCUGGUUUGGUUGAUAUUGGAUUAUGUUACGUCGUUUUAUCCAGAAAUAAAUCCAGUCAAAUACCAAACCACGGACCUUUGCUUGGAACUGUUGUUGGUCGACUGUUGAUAAUCAAUGCGAUUCUAAUAGCAUUUUAUACCCAAGGAAUAAUUAACGCACGUUUCAGUCUACUGUUUAGUAUACUUGACAGCACACUUGCAAUUCUAACCUAUAUCAUCUGGUCACGAGAAAAUAAAGAUGCAUCCUUCAUGAAAUUUCUCCAAGAAAUCUGGUCAACAGUAAAUCCCUUUUCCGCAAAACCACCACCCUACAUGAUUUUCCAGGCUCUCGGCUUUGCUCAGUUUUUCAUGAGUUUUACUGCGACAUCAAUCUUAAUGUCCAGCGGUGUUGUUCCAAGUACUAUCCAAGGAAGUCAUGCAGAGGGACUGUUGCGAUCCUAUUUCGUCACAAUGACAGCUCAGGCUUUCCUACAAAUCCAUGCCUCGGGCGCUCGAAAUGAUUCCUUUCCAAUUGCGUCCAUUUUUUACCGUGUGAUAUGGAAUAUUCCAGUCUUCUUCCUGCUCGCGAUGACGUCUCAAAUACCCAGAGGGUUGGCGAACAUUCUCAUUAUUUAUGACGUUAUGUUUAUAGUUGUUACAGUCGUGCUCUUUGCAAGAGAACAUCAUGUUAAAACGAAAUGAACAUAUUCAAUAUGAUUGACCUUAUGUAGUAUUAGUUUAUAGUUCUUAUGGGGAAUUGACUGGAAAACUUUACUUACAGCUCCAAUUCCCCAGCACCGUUCUCUGUCAUGUAAAACUUUAUUUUAAUUUUAAUGAUCUUGUAGUGCAACCGGUUUCCUGCUAAUAUUCUCGUAUAUAGUAACAACCGGUAUAUAUCAACCGGUAUAUAGCAACCGGUUUCCUGCUAAUAUUCUCGUAUAUGUAUAUAGUUUCAAAUACAAUGAUUCAAUGUAAUUCAAUAGGUAGGGUUGAGAUAUAUGACCGUCAUUUCUAAAAAGUUUGCAUACUAUUAAAGGUGUUUACUUACAAAUUAUAAACUCAAAUCCUUGUCUGCC